AUGUCGACGGAUUCCGCCCGGGCACCACUCUCCCCGUUGUCGUUUCCGAACGUGAUUUUGAAUCCUGAGCGCGCGCGCAAGUCGUCUUCUGGCUGUGUCCCCGGUGGUUUUGAUUUUGACGACGAUAUCCCGCCCUUUGAGGCGUGUUCUGGCGACUCAACCGAGUUCAUGGGGGCGGAGACUGCGCGGGAAGACCUUUCCCCCAACACUACGACGACAACAAUGGACGUCACUGCGAUUACAGCUGCAGAAAGCGGAGUUGACCACGCGCAGGAAGAUACCACAACACUCGAUUUUACAUCAGAUGACCACCCGACGACUGAUUAUACUGGACAAACAGAUUACGAAGAUGACUCGAACCUCCUACCUCCCUUACCCGAUAACGACGACAGUAGCCUUUUGUUGCCCCUGUCCAGCGAGGAUGGCGACCACGAGCGCGGUGACAACCAGACCCUUAUCGAAGAAAAAGAAAUGGCGAGGAGAUUGAUGGAUGUGGAAUCAAGUUUCUUGCCGGAGCCGUCGACUAUCGAAGUUGCUGCUACCAACAAGAACAGCGGGGUUGACGAUACCUACUUGGUUGGUGUGCCCGAUGAAAAUGCGCCCGAGCCUGCACAGCAAGAACCAUCCCAACUCUCUUUCGUGACACCGGAUGAUUCAAUCCAUGAUAUUACAUCGAAAGGGAAUCCAGCUCAAACUCCUCAGACCUCCGGUCUAGAACACGGCACUCACAUCGGAAUGAAUGCUACACCCGCUGCGUCGGAACACCACGAUGGCGACAACACCACAGUGCUGGAAGCAAUACCAUCGUCGCCUGCAGCAGCUGCCGCAGCAAGAACUGAGAACCGAAACCAAUCUAUAUUCACCGAUGAUAAUCGAGACAAUAGUCAGCUUUAUCAAGAGGAUUCAGUCAUUAGGUCGUCAGCCCCACAAGGGGAUCAAUCGCUACCACCAACAAACCAGGAACAUAGAAAUAGUACACGGAGCUUGUCGCCUGGGCGCUCGAGAUUAUUUCAUGACAACAGUGGCAGUGAUGCGGACACGGCUCCCCGUGAUGGUAGUCGAAGAGGAAACAGACCCAAGUACCUAACCAGUCGUCAAUCGGCCCAUCGUCUUUCCUACUCCUCAGUCGCGAGUAAUAACACUUAUAACACCGAGAUGACACACAGUGAUGCGACCUUGGGUGCUGAUUAUGCACUUCAAUCGGGAGGCGCGGUGCCAGAGCAUCAGAACCAAGCUGGACAACGUAACAACCUCGCGAGAUCAGUCAGUCUGGGGAGUAUGGCGUCCGGAAUCUCCAGUUACAGUGAUGAAAAUCUCUUGGAGAAGAAGAACCCCAGUGGGGCUACAGAUGGAGGCCUACACACUCUUAACGAAGAGGAAGGCUCUGCACAGUCGCGCCCGGAGUCACCGUCUCAACCAGAAACGCCCGCUGAAGAUGCUUCGGGGCCAAUGACACCAAAAGCCCGACCCUCAGAUGGUAAUCUCCCGACCGACACUGCGAUUGCCGAACGCAUCAAGGAUAUUCAAGUCCCAAGUACAUUUGUAAAACAGUUCCGAGAGGAUAAUGGCAACCGCGGGGUAUCUCCCGAUAAACGCGGGGGGGCAUCAACGCCUGCAUUCGCAAGAAGCGGUCGGACCAUGACUCUGAAAGAACAGAGCAGCACAAUCGAUCGGCUCUCAAAGGAGAACUUUGACUUGAAAAUGAGGAUUCACUUUCUCAACGAGGCUUUGAACAAACGUUCUGAGGAGGGUAUCAAGGAGAUGAUAUCUGAGAAUGUUGAGCUGAAGUCGGACAAGUUAAAGAUACAAAAGGACAGUCAAAGCCUCAGGCGAAAAAUCCGCGACUUGGAAAAGCAAUUAAAAGAGCACCAGUCAGACAAGGAAUCCAUGGUCAAUCAUGACCCAGAAGGCUCUGACGAUGACGAUCGUGAUGCGAUGCCAGACGAGGAACUACUCUUCUUGCGGGAGCGAGUAGAAGCGUAUGAAUUUGAGAUUGAAAGACUAAGGUCUGAAAGCAUUACUAGGGAAAGCGAGAAGAGAAGACUUGCCGAGAUUGUCAAGUCGUUGAAUGAAGGCAGGCCGGUGGGCUCAGAUGUGGGAUCUAGGGAGGAAAGGGACAUGUGGAAAGACAUGCUUGACGCGGAGACAGCGGCUCGUGAGCAAGCAGAGGAGGAGAACAAGAGACUUCGGGAUGAAACUCUACGCCUGAGGAACGAGACGAAUUUCACAAUGAGCAAUUACAGGCCUACACAACGUGAGCACAUGGACUCAAUGGUCUCAUAUUCAGCUGCUUCAGAUCGAGACAUCAACCGGCACACAACCACCCCCGGCAGCUCCAGUAGCCACACACUGGUUGUGGAAUUGGAGUUGCUGAAGCAAGAAAAUUCCGAAUUAAGGAAAGAAGUCAGCGCCCAGACCUCGAUGCUCACAUCCCGCAACCGAGAGAAGGAGCGUCUCUAUCAGGAGAUUGAGGAGCUAAAGCUCGGCCAACGUCGCGACCGCAGUCGGUCAAUCGCGGGAGAUAGCAUCUUCGACUACUCGGCAUCGCGCGCACAUGGAAGAUCUUCUUCUCGGACCAGUGAUAAUACGGGGGCUUCUCCGAACGGUGGUACAGAACGCGACGACUUGGAGGCCCGUAAUGGACAGUUGCGCGACCAGGUGUCGGGGCUUAAACUCGAGAAUCAAGCUAUCAGGGAACAACUUGAUGAAUGUUUGGGUGAGAUAGAGGCUCUUGACAAAGCAUAUCAGGCGGACGAACGCGAUCAAGCGUUACACAUGGCAGAUGAGCGUGAUGCCGCAUUUCAAGAUCUGCGAGCUGAGGCUCAAGAGGAAUUGGACAGUCUCGGGGAAGAGCUUGAACGAAAGGUCGACGAGUGUCAGCGAUUAGGAGAAGAGCUUAAAGACCAGGACGAGAACCUCAGGGCCCUACAAGCAGAGAUGCGUUCUGCCAGCGAGGGUAUCAUUCGGCUUGAAGAGGAUGCACAGAACAAUCUGCAACGAUACCAUGCUGUUCAGCAGGAGCUAGAAGAUGCAAACCGAGAAAUGGAGUCGCUGGAUAAGAGCCUCUAUGAGGCCAACACCAAGGUUCAGCGUCUGACAGUUCAAAUAGAAUCGAGCCAAAAUGAAAUCGCCUUCCUACGGGAGGAACAGGAUGGUGACAAGAUUAAGAUUGGUGAUCUCGAGUCAGAGCUCAAGACGUACAGUAUGAGUCUUCAUAGUGAGAAAGAAAAGACCAGGGAACUUGAAGGGCGCUUGGCCGACGAGAGGCACCAGCGAGAAGUUGUAGGAGGCAAAGAGAAGCAAGAAGUCCAGAGGAUCAUGAACGAAUUAAAUCGCGAGGCCUCUGCUGCCAAGGAGGAGGUUCGAAGACUCAAGAAAGGCUUGUCGGCCCAGGAGAUCGAAACGGCUACCUGGCGGGAGCGACUUAUGGACCUUGAAAAUAACCUCCGAGAAACCCUUGGUGACCUGACUGGCAGUCGCUCCAGCUUGAUCUCCAACAUUAUGAAGUUGCAAAAGGAACUUGAGUCGACUGCUUUGGAGCUCGAGAGUAUUCGCUCCAAGCUAGACGAAAAAGAGUCUCUUUUGCGAAACCGUGAUGCUCUCCUGGAAAGUCACGGUCUCGAAUCCCAGAAACUUUCCGAGCUUCUGGACCGUGAACGACACGCUCGACGAGCAGACAAGCAGUCGUUCGAGCAGGCACUCAAAUCCCAAUACCAGGCAUCACGGACUAUUACGCAGAGUAAUUCGCGCAUUUCGGAACUGGAGAGUGCGCGAAACCAGGACCGCAAACGGUAUACGGGACUCGAGCAGCAGUUCAAGGACCAACUCAAUGAGCGAAACACAAUGCUGUUGACCAUGUGGAAACGUCUAUCGUCGAUGUGUGGACCGGACUGGGCACACUCAAACAGUCUAAUUAAUGGUAAUCUGCCAAGUCAGGAGGUCAUUGGUAAUAUUCUCUUCUGGCCUGGCUUCAGUCGCAACCUUUUGCUCGCCCUCAAGACAGUGGAGAGCGUGAUAUCCGGUUUCAAGGGCCGCAUCAAGAGCGUUGAUCGUGACCUGACGAAGCAGUAUCAAAUUCUCGAACAUAGCUUUAGCCUGCGGAUCAGGAAGCUUGACCGCAUGGAGGAGUCGGUCAUGAACAUGCGGGCCCAGCAGCACAGCAAAAACCAGUCGGGACUGUCACCAGAGAUCGCCAAGCUACGAGGCGAAAACAGACUGCUGAAGGCGGAACUGAAUCUUAUCCAGUCGCAUUCUCGUAGUCGCGGAUCUCCCUCUGCUGCGGCUGCUGCAGUUGCUGCGGGCAUGGGACCCAGCUCCCCACGCCCCUCACCAGGCCGGAACUCUAGCAUGGAGGGGGUAGAUGCAGAUCCAUCAUCAUUGGUCCGACAUCGUUCUACGACCGACAAGUCGAUGCAGCGUCCGGAGAGAGGCUUGGCACGAAAUUCAACGGGCAUUCCCCAGCCGUCUCACUUCUCCUCAACAACUACUCUGGCGGAAAACGCUGGGGCGAUGACACACGGGUCUCGUCCUCGAGAUACACCCGCAGACCCCGCCAGUGACGAAAAAUGGGCUUAUCGCCUGCGUGAGUUGGAGCGACGACUUAAGGCUGAACGCGAGGCCCGCCUACUCGAUCGGAGCGGAGCUCGUAAACGGCUCGAGGAGCGGGAUGCCGAGAACCAAAAGCUCCGGGCCCAAUUGGAACGACAGCGGCGAGGCUUGUCAAUGGGCAGAUCGACAGAUGAUGGCCGGCGAGGGCAUCGGAUCCAAGGGCCCGAGCAGGAUUUGGACAGAGAGUACGAUGACCAUCGGGAUGAAGAGCAGAGCUCGAGUGAGGGGGAGGGGAUAUACGUCGACAUUGAGGUUUAA